AGUGCACCACAGCAGCUGACUGCAUCCUCUUUAAAUGACAGUCCAGCAGCAGUGACACCUCGGCCGCUUCUGUAAACAUCACCUCCAUCACCAUAACUUCAUGUUCCGCCUCCUGCCUCCCGGCUGAACUCGUCAGAAUGGAGGACGAGGAGCAGCUGCGGUCCUUCAUGUUCCUGAUGACCUACCUGCUGCUGAAGAGGAGGAGGGACGUCAGCAGCGCCGACGCUCAGAGGCGCAGCGAGAUCCAGAGACGCAUCCGACACCGACAGUACUUCUUCCAGAGGCAGAGGAGGAUGCUCAUGAUGAUGAUCGCAGGAGGGAUCCGCUCCAACGUCCGCAUCCGCACACGACCCUGGACCACCACUCCGACCACCGAUUGGUGGGAGCGGGUCGUGAUGACUGAAUUCCAGCCGUCCGACUGGCUGGACAAGUUCCGCAUGAGCCGGGAGACGUUCUUCUACCUCUGCGAGAAGCUGAGGCCCCGCCUGGCCCGCCAGGACACCAGCUUCCGCCUGGCGCUGCCGGUGGAGAAGCGCGUGGCGGUGGCUCUGUGGCGCCUGGCGUCCAACAUCGAGUACCGCACCAUCAGCACGCUGUUCGGUGUGGGGAAGUCCACAGUGUGCAGGUGUGUCAGGGACAUGUGUCACGCCAUCGUGGCCCUCCUCAGCUCCACCUACCUGCGCUCCCCUAAUGAGCAGGAGCUGGAGGAUUCUGCCCAGCUCUUCCUGUCCCACUGGGGGUUCCCACACUGUGUUGCUGCAAUCACGACGCUCCACACAGCGAUCAUCACGCCAUCCAACAACGCGUCCGACUAUGCCAACCCUGCUGGCUGGCUCUCAGUGCUGUCGCAGGUGGCGGUCAGCGGACGGGGACAGUUCUGGGACGUGUGUGCCAGCUUCCCAGGUGGGACCGACCCGGCUGACAUCUUUCAGAACUCAUCGCUGUGGGCCACAGCUGCAGAGGGUGGACUGUCCCCGGCUCACCCACCUGUCUUCAUGGGGAAUCCGCACAGGUAUGUGCUGCUAGGGGAGCCCUGCUACCCUCUCCAGAGCUGGCUAAUGAAGGCCUAUCCUGAGGAAAAGGGCAGGAGGGCGAGCCACGCCGGACUGACGGAGCCACAGCGGCUUUUCAACCGGCGGCUCGCCCGAGGGCUGCGCGUGGCCGAGGAGGCGCUGCUGAGGCUGAGGGCACGCUGGCAGUGCCUGAGCAAGAGGAACGACUGCGGGCUGGACGUGGUGCCCACCAUGAUUCUAGCUUGCUGCAUCCUGCACAACGUGUGCGAGUCCCACGGGGACGACUUCAAGGUGGAGUGGCAGGUGGAGGUGUCUGAGGCGGAGAGCCCUCAGCCCAGCCACAAGCAGCUCCUCUCGACCACUACGGACGAAAGUCCUGCUGAAGAGGUCCGACAGCUCUUCUGUGACUAUUUUGAACAACACAGCAACUGAAAGACCUUCCAACACAUAAAGUCUAAUGUAACUCAAAUCUUUGUAACAUUUGUAAUGUAUGUGACCAUUCACGUUAAAGGUGAAGUGUGCAGGAUUACAGGAAUCUAUGAAGUGCUGCAGAAGUGAACCCAGAAGUGCAAAAAAUGCUCAUGUGUUUACGUCUUUCAGGACUCAUUCCUGCAGCACUCCACUGGCAGAAAUGGUAUACGGUAUUUAUAACAAUGUUUUCACAGGUUUAUACUGUUGUGUGUUUGUUACCUAACAAUGAGCCUAUUAUAUGUACUGAGGGAGCAGGUCCUCUUCACAAGGUCCGCCAUGUUGCAAUGGCAUUUUCUACAGUAGCCCAGAAUGGACAAUUCCUUUUAGCACAGGGUAUUUAAUCUGUUACAAUCUGCAACCUCGCAGCAACCAAAUCCUACUUAUUAGACCUUGAAAGCGUGGCAGUGUUCGCAGUAAUCUCAAAGCAUUGUUUAAUUUAACUGAACCAGACUUAUUAAAAUAAGCUAAAUCUGACAAUGUAGACCUCAGCCUGCCAUACAAAGUCUGAGACGUCCUAAAAUCACAGUACAUCCCUGCGAGAAACAUGUGUGAUUUUAGGCAGGAACAUGCCUUUAGUGCCACCCUGUGGCCAAUCUUCACAUAUUUUAUUUUCCCCACUUUUGCAGGAAAGCAAAAUCCUCUGUUCCCUGUUUUUUCUUUAUUUAAAUGUGCUUUUUUUAUUGUGUUAUAAGCAUCACAGCCUGAUUGGACUGAUUGUGUGGCUAUGCCCCUUUUUCUAAUUAUGAAACUGCUCAUUUAUUGUGUUUUGUAUACUUGUAUGUGGUGCAUCAUUGCAUAAAGAUUCCAGUGUUUUUUUUAAAGUAACUUUGUGGCAUAUGGUUUCAUCUUAUCUUUGAUCCUGUAUUGUAAAGCAAUGGGUAAAUGAAUAUUUGUUAGAGAAUAUUUAUAAAAAAAUCAUUUUUUGUAAGCGUG